UUUGGCAACCGGAUUCCGCCUCAGACAGACACGACGACCGGACCCGUGUAUCCAUCCGUGUAUCCUCGAGCUUCGAGCCUUCGAGUCUUUGUUUCCCCAAGCGUCAUGUACAGUUAUCAGUAAGCCCCGACGGAAACGGAAACGGAUACGAAACGAAACGAAACAGUGUGCGAGUUGCUAGUGUAGUGACAUGGCCUAUUGGAAAUCGAAAUCAAACUCAAUUCAAACUCCAAUUCAAACUCAAACUCAAAUUCAAACGCAAAGUGAAUCUAGUGAAUAAGCAAAAUCGAACACAGUUCCUGAGUAAACAUCAAAGCGAAAGUGUUGCGUCCUCUACCACAUAAGAACCAAGAAUAGAAUCCAUAUAGAAUCUAGACAUACGAUUAUCAUGCACACCAGCACGGAUCCCAUGCACACUCUGCACGACAGCGUCUCUCUGUCGCCGCCGUUGCACAAGAGUCAGCGGAGUGGCGGCGGCAGUGCUUCCUCGCGAUCCGCCGCCGCUGUGGAUGCCAUGUCCAUAGCAUGUGACGAUAGCGAGGAGCCGUCGGGCAUUGGUGGUAGCGGCGGAGAUGGCUGCGGCAACACAGGCGGUCCAUUGGUGAAGCCACCGUACUCCUACAUAGCCCUGAUCACCAUGGCCAUUCUCCAGUCGCCGCACAAGAAGCUGACUCUCAGCGGGAUCUGUGACUUUAUCAUGUCGCGCUUUCCCUACUACAAGGACAAGUUCCCCGCUUGGCAGAACUCCAUUCGGCACAACCUCAGUCUGAACGACUGCUUCAUCAAGGUACCGCGCGAGCCGGGCAACCCGGGCAAGGGCAACUUCUGGACCCUGGACCCGCUGGCCGAGGACAUGUUCGACAAUGGAAGCUUCCUGCGACGGCGGAAGCGGUACAAGCGGGCCCCCACAAUGCAACGAUUCUCCUUUCCAGCGGUGUUCGGCACCCUGUCCCCCUUCUGGAUACGCAAGCCUGUGCCCCUGGUCCCCGUGCACUUCAAUGUGCCAAACUUCAACGGGAGCAGCCGAGACUUUGACGUGAUGCACUCGCCCGCGGAUGUUUUCGACACGGCGCUGCGGGCCGACAAGAAGUUCAACUUUUUCGCCAACGCCGAGGCAUCCCUUUACCAGAACAGCCAGAGUGGCGGCAACAAGUUCGAUCGCCUCUCCUUCAUAAAUCGCGCACGUGCUGUGGAAGCAGCGGAUGCCGGGGCCGUGGAUGCUCUGCCCCACAGCAGUGGCGGAGCUGGGAGUAGAGCCAGCAAGUACAAAAGUCCCUACCCCUUUGAUGUGGCGACUAUGGCCAGCGCCGCCGCUGGAAUUCCCGGUCAUGGCGAGUACGGUGAGCGGAUCAGUGCUCCGGCCGGUGGUGGCUACAUGGAUCUCAAUGUGUACAACGACGAUGCGGAGGCUGAUGCAGAGACCGAGGCGGAGGCAGAGGCGGACGACGAUUCAUGCGAGGGCAAGAUCGAUGUGGAGAGCGCCAACGAGAACGAUCAGGAGGACUCGCACAUAUCGGACUCCGUUGACAGUGCGUGCACGAACCGUCUGGACGUGCCAGCGGAUGUGCUGCUUUUCGAGCAUGCCGAGGCCUCCAGAAGCCCUAUAGUGCAGGCUCUCACGUCCAGUCCGAGGAGCCGCUACGACGGAGAGCCAGCGAACCUGCGGUCCAUCAAGCAGAGCCAUGCCAAGGACUUCCGCAUCGAGACGCUCAUCGGCCACCAGCACCGUCGCGCGGUCAGUCACGACGAGGCGAGUGACUAGGUCCUGACUCUCGAUUCCUUUGGAUCUUAGGACCACACCACCCCUUCCGCUUGGCUUAUGUAUAUUUCAUUCCACGGUGAUUUCUGUUUCGAUCUAAGCACGUUUUAACACACCCUAGUCCCUAGCCUUAGCACCUAGCCAGGUCCGACAGCCAGUAGUGAUCAGUAUCUGUAGGAGUAGUAGAAUGCCAGAGCACAAGAUUUUAAUGCGACCAAAUCAAACGCUAUAGUUGCGAGUCCACUUACAUGUAUAUCGGAAUAUAUAUAACUGUGUAAAUCUGAUCCAUUGCACAUCUAUAGCAUACUUUUAAAGUGAAUUC